AUGGCCUCACCAGCAGCAGAGCCCAAGGCGGGCGCUUCGAGCGAGCCGCAAGCCGACCAGGCCGUCGAAGGCGCCGCAGCUGCAAGUGCCAGCGAGACAGGAGCCAGCCCGCCCGGCGAGCCGGCACAACAGGACGAGGCAUCCGGCGCUGGCGAGGACGACGAGGAGCAAGCUGCCUCAGAGGAUGGCGAAUCCGAGGAAGACUCGGAUGACGAGUCGGAGGAUGACUCGCCUGGUCUGGCGUACCUCUUGCGCGACCCAAACGAGGAAUCGGACGAUGACGGCGAUGAGUUCGAGGUAGGCGAGGAUGACGAGGAAGAGGAAGAAGAGGAAGACGAGGAGACGGAAGAGCCACGGGCGGGCAGCAGCAAGCGGAAGGCCGAGGGGCAGGACGGCGCGGAGGAGAAGAAGGCGCGCGCCUGA